ACGACUCAGGAGUCAGGCCACAGCACGUACGCCUCUAACAAGACCGGAUUAGCCAGCUUUGGUCAAUCUAUGGCCAUGGCGAUGGGCAAGCAGCACGGGAGCUCACCGGAGGACGAUGACGUGGAGGCGCCCCUGCUGCCCGUGGACCCCGCCACGACGACAGGGCGGCGUCCGGCGUCGUCGUCCUCCUCGCGGCUGCAGGCUCUGUUCGCGCACAGGUACCCGGCGAUCCUGUCGGGCCCGGCGGCGUGCUUGGCCGUGUGCCUGCUGGCGGACCUGGACCUGGGAGUCCACGGCGCCGCGCCGCGCAACAUGCUUGGCGCGCUGGCGUGGGUGUUCCUGUGGUGGGUGACCGACGCCGUGCCGCUGGCCGUGUCCUCCAUGGCUCCCCUCUUCCUCUUCCCGGCACUCGGCGUCGCCUCCGCCGACGCCGUCGCUGCAGCCUACAUGGACGACGUCAUCGCCCUCGUCCUCGGCAGCUUCAUCCUCGCCCUCGCCGUCCAACGCUACCACAUCCACCGCCGCCUCGCCCUCAACAUCAUGGUGAGGUUCUGCGGGGACCCGGUGAGGCCGGCGUGGCUGCUGCUGGGGGUGACCGGCACGACGGCGUUCGUGAGCAUGUGGAUCCACAACACGGCGUGCACCGUCAUGAUGAUGCCGGUGGCCACGGGGAUCCUGCAGCGCUUCCCUCGGGGCACCGGCGGCAAUGGCGAGGAGCUGGCGGAGGUGCGGCGGUUCUCGAAGGCGGUGGUGCUGGGCGUGGUGUACGCGUCGGCGGUGGGCGGGAUGGCCACGCUCACGGGCACCGGGGUGAACGUCAUCUUGGUCGGGAUGUGGUCGGCGUACUUCCCCGAGCAGCGGCCCAUCACCUUCAGCUCAUGGAUGGCCUUCGCGUUGCCGUUGGCGCUCGUCGUGUUCUUGGCGUUAUGGGUCACGCUCUGCUUGAUGUACUGCUCCAAGGAUACGGGAAAGGCUCUCUCGGGUUACCUCGACAGAAGCCAUCUCAGAACGGAGCUCAGCUUGUUAGGUCCAGUGGCAUUCGCCGAGAAGAUGGUCUUGGCUGUGUUCGGGGGUCUAAUUGUGCUAUGGAUGACGAGGACCCUAACGAAUGACAUCCCAGGGUGGGGAGUUCUCUUCCACAACAAAGUCGGGGAUGGAACAGUUACUAUCAUGAUGGCCACGCUGCUGUUCAUAAUCCCGAGCGGCAAGAGCGAAGGCGAGAAGCUGAUGGACUGGGACAAGUGCAAGGACCUGCAGUGGAGCAUCAUCCUCCUCCUGGGCGCCGGCUUCGCCAUCGCCGACGGCUUCCGCACCAGCGGCCUCACGGACAUCCUGUCGUCCGGCCUCGGGUUCCUCGAGGGCGCCCCGGCGCUGGUCGUGGUGCCCGUGGCCUGCGCCUUCAGCGGGGUCAUCACGGAGUUCACCUCCGACGACUCCACCGCCACGCUCGUGCUGCCGCUCUUCGCAGAGCUCGCCAAGUCCAUCCGCGUGCACCCGGCGCUGCUCGUCGUCUCCGGCGCCGUCGGGGCUCAGUUGUCGUAUUUGUUGCCGACCGGGUCGCCGUCCAAUGUCGUCGGGUUCAGCACUGGAUAUGUCACCAUUAAGGACCUUGUGGUUACUGGGUUGCCGCUCAAGGUCGUUGGGGUUGCAGCUCUGACGAUCUUGCUCCCAACGUUAGGAUCCGUGAUUUUUGGCAUGGAGAACAAGUCACGGGAACAUCAAUGGAAGUUUUGGAACCUUUCAGUCUGAUACUACGAUACUGAGGCUGAACUGAACAGUAGUUUCAGUAUGUGGCAUGGCUGCAGCUUGUUACGAGUACAAGAGUAUAUAUGUUUUGUAUUAUAAGAUUAAGCAAAGGGUUUUGUAACAGGUGGGUCUGUGUAAAUAUAUCUCAAAUACGUUCAUGUGAUCAAUUCUCUAAGCACAAUUAUGGCUA